CGGUUCCCACCCACCCCCCUCACUAUCACAGCAGCAUUUUAAUCAGAUUUUCUUUCUGUGAUGGGAGAUAGCCAAGAGAUUCUUAAGAAGGAAGACGAUGACGCCCAGCAGGUUGGUGAGAAAAAUUUGAAUGCAAAUAAGACUCCAAGAAGGGUUAUUUACUUUGCAAGUGGUGAAUCUAUGGAAGAAUACAGCACGGAGGAGGAGGAAGAUGCAGUAGAGGUCACCUAUAAGACACUUCUUGACCCGACCAAACUCUCCUGGGGUGCUUACCUGAGACUUUGGGCCCGUCGAAUGGCAGCAACAGCUUUCUUUACUUGUGAUUUCCUCGGUGGAAAGUUGGCCACGUUCCUUGGACUUAAUGAACCCAAAUAUCAGUACGCGAUAGACGAAUACUACAGGACACAAGAAAAGGAAAAUGAAAGUGACGAAGAUGGUGAAGAGAUGCCAACAAUGGAAGAGAUUGUUGUACAGAAUGAAAAACAGCGUCUGCAGAUGCAGAGCCUGGAAUAUGGGUCCAUUCAUUGCCAAGACAUGUCUGCAUUUUCUCAGGAAAACACUGUUGAAAAUGUCAAUGAACUUGGAGGAGGCAGCUUGCCAGAUCCAAAAUGCACCUCAGCCACUGGGAAAUGAAGGCAACGUUAUGAGUCACCCCUCACCCUCACCCUACUAAAUUGCCUGCUCGAUAGGAAAAGAAUAAGUUGUUGGCGACUGAGGAAGUGAUGUCAGGAUGGCCUUAAACCUGUGUUCCUGGGAGUGCUGUGGCCCCUCAGUGAGAAGGAUGUAGCCAUGGCAGGCAGAAUUCCUUGCAGUGGCAGCACCAGAGGAAAAACCUUGGUGCAGGCCACAGAAGGGGCAAUGUGCAUUUCUAGUAGGUACCAUGUGUUAGAUUCUGAAAGAGAAAUAACAGAAUAUUUCAGGUGAAUGCUAGCCCCAUCCUAAACUUAUUUUCUCUGAGAUAAGUCCUAUUUAUUUCAAAGACGUUACAAGUUCUCUUCACCAUCAUGGUUCCGUCACCAACAGACAGAAAGGAACCAAUGGUGAGCUUGUGUGUACUGACGAUAAUAAACAAAAGCACUCUUGAGUAUGUGAAAAGUGACUUUCCUUCAAGUAACCACAGGAGUCCAGCAAAGGGUAAGGGUGUGUGUGUGUGUGUGUGUGUGUGUGUGUGUGUGUGUGUGUGCGUGCACAAAUGGGAGAUCUAUUUGCAGGGGGGAUGAGACACCCCAUUGCAUCCCCUAGUGCUGCCUAUGGUUACCUGAAGGAUGGUUUUUCUUUAGUACUGUCCCCUGAAAUGUUCAGCCACAGAGGAGCAUUGUGUGUCCUGUUGGGGGCACCCUCAGUUCACCUGGAAGGUGAAAUGCAAGACGCAGAGGUCAUCCACACAAUCAAAAACUG